AUGCGUUUCUCCAUCCUUCUAGGGGUACUGGCUUCCUCCGUAUACGCACAGAAUCAGACAUACUGUACACCAGAAGGCGGCGUUUGCUAUACUGUCAACGUUCCUGUUUCUACAGCUUCUAACAACACUGGGGAUAUCUACUUUCAGAUUAGAGGCCCGUCAACCAUGUCGUGGAUUGGAUUAGGACAAGGAAGCUCGAUGACGGGAUCAAACUUAUUUUUCAUAUACGCAGACUCUGCCGGGACCAAUGUUACAUUAUCAUCCCGGCUUGGUAUAGGGAACAAGGCUCCAGCAAUCGACUCUACCGCUGGAAUUACGCUCCUCAGUGGCUCCGGAAUAACCAACGAUAUGAUGGUUGCAAACAUCAGAUGUUCAAACUGCAGUACAUGGAGAGGGGGAUCGAUGAACUUCACCGAUGAUAGUUCAGAUUGGAUAUGGGCCUUUAAGACUGGCUCAUCGAUUUCAUCUGACAAUAUGGAUGUUUCCUUGCCUAUACAUAACGACUGUGGCAAAAUGCACUUCAAUCUUCAGAAUGCAGCGGGGGGUAGCAGUGCCAACCCUUUCUUAACAGCUGCAGUAGCAUCGCCCUCAUCUUUAUCAACCUCGUCGUCUUCAUCUAGUGCGGGUGAGGAGGGCCCAGCAUCGGCCUUCAACGCUGUACGCAUGGCGCAUGGCUUGUCGGCUGCCAUGGGUUUUGUUCUCUUAUUCCCGUUCGGCGCCCUGGGCAUUCGAUUACUGAGCUUUAAGAACCUGGUAUGGUGCCACGCUGGGUGGAUGGUUUGCACCUACAUUAUCGUUCUGGGAAGUCUAGGCAUGGGAGUCUGGUUAGCAGUUGUGGCUCAGCAAAUUGGCACGACACAUGCCAUCGUCGGAAUCGUGGUUAUCGGAGGCUUGCUCCUGCAACCUGUUACUGGCCUGGCCCACCAUCUUUUGUAUAAACGCGUUGGUGGACCGAAUGUUGCCACAUACCCCCAUAUUUGGUGGGGCCGUGCAAUUAUCACUCUUGGUAUAAUCAAUGGUGGCCUCGGCCUACAACUUUCGGGCAACACCACUUAUAGCGAAAUUACAUACGGGGUUGUAGCAGGCUUCAUGUGGUUGCUGUGGAUGUUUGUCAUCCUGGUUGCUUUCAUCACGAGCAGAGAAAAGUCUGAGGCCGGCAACGACGACUUUGGCUUUGUCUCCUAUAACUCCUAUAACUCCUAUGCCGGGAAUCUGGAGGACAGCAGAAGCAACUCGUGGACGAGGCAAUCCUACUCUGUCGGACAUAGUCCGAACCGCCAGUCUUACCUAAAUUCCGUUCAUGAUGCGGAGCCCAAGGUGGCAGUGGUCUUCUAA